AUGAUGAAUUGUAGAAUAUGCUGUUGGAGUCUGCACGACAUAGAAAUCGUCGCCACUGCAUGUGGAACUUCUUUGAAGUGCUGGGAUCUGCGAACUAUGAAAGAAGCGAGCACUGUGGACCAAGCUCAUGCAGGACAAGUUCGUGACUUGGAUUUCAAUCCAAAAUGGCAGCACACAACAGUGUGCUUGUUCAUCUCUCGUCUCGGUUUCAAUGCCUGUCGGAAUUUUCAGGACAUUACGAGUGCAAUACAACCAUCGAUACGAAGAACUGAUUCUCGCAAGCUUUUGUUGUCACUCCUGGAUGUGCAACUUAUUGAAGAGCGCAGAUCUCUAUCAUACGACGGGAAUGUAUGUCUUUUACUGGUAGAAAACCCUUGCUACCUUCAGAUCGUGGCACUUGUGGAUCAAGUCGCGAAUUCCAUCAUGAGAAUCGACUCAACUCGCAACGUGUAUUUGGUUUUCUCAUCAAGUCCGGAUCGUAGAAGGCCUGUCCCUCGGAAGCACGUACUCGCAGCAGAGGAUGAGAAGCAUUAUUUCGACAAAAACCAGAAGGAGCAACUUAAAGCUAUUACCCAUGGCAUCAAUGGCUCGGACCAGACCAUGAUCGUACGCGCCCAGUUGUCGAGAUGA